AUGUUAAGGAACGCGCUCGCCAAACCCGCCGCGCACUCCGUGCCGAAACGGACCCUCGUCUACCCCUCCGCCUUUAUCCAACAUCCUCUCCUGCGCACUCCGUGUGCCGCCUGUAGAGCUGCACCAUGCCUUGUGAACAGGUUCGUGCUACCGACGGUGUCUGCGCGGUAUUAUGCGCAGGGUCCUCCAGGAGGAGGAAACCCUGGAGGCGGAUUCCCCGGGUUUUCCUUCGGGCAGCAGCAACAAAAAGGCGAGGCUUUGAAGGAAUAUAGUGUUGACCUCACAGAGCUCGCGAAGCAAGGCAAGCUCGACCCGACCAUUGGCCGAGACGAAGAAAUUCGACGGACUAUCCAGAUCUUGUCGAGAAGAACAAAGUCUAACCCGGUGCUCAUUGGACCUCCCGGUGUCGGCAAAACCGCCAUCCUCGAGGGUCUCGCCAGCCGCAUCGUCGCCAAGGAGGUUCCUGAAUCUCUCCAGAACAAGCGCGUCCUCUCAAUUGACCUCGCUUCCAUCAUGGCCGGCUCCGGCAUCCGCGGCCAGUUCGAGGAAAAGUUCAAGGCUCUCAUUCGGGACAUUGAGGAUGAGGCCGGGAGUGUCAUUUGCUUCAUCGACGAAGUCCACACCCUUUUCAAUCUCGGCAAGGCCGAGGGCAGCAUUGAUGCUGGGCAAAUGAUCAAGCCCGCGCUUGCCCGCGGAUUGCAGCUUGUUGGCGCCACGACGCCUGACGAAUAUCGCAAGACAAUUGGCAAGGAUGCAGCGCUCGAGCGGCGCUUCCAGCCGGUGCAGAUCGAGGAACCGACGGUGGAAGCCACGAUUUCGAUUCUGCGCGGACUCAAGCCGCGCUAUGAGCUGCAUCACGGUGUGGGGAUUGCAGACAGUGCACUCGUAACCGCGGCGGUGUACGGUGCGCGAUACGUCUCAGACCGAUUCCUACCAGACAAGGCGAUCGACCUGGUGGACGAAGCUGCGUCUGCGCUGCGGCUCGCGCAGGAGAGCAAACCGGACGAACUGGACGCGCUUGAUCGCGAGAUCGUGACACUUGAGAUUGAACGAGAGAGUCUGAAGAACGAGACGGAUGUGUUCAGCGUGGAGCGGUUGCAGAAGGUCGACGAGACACUGACGCAGAAGCAGGAAGAGGCGGCGAGAUUGACGGAAAUCUGGCAAGCGGAGCGUGCACGCCUGCAGCACAACAAGGAUAUCAAACAGCGGCUUGAAGAUGCGAAGCACCAGCUCGACGUUGCGCAGAGGCAGGGACAGUACGAACUCGCGUCGCGCUUGCGCUUCGCAACAAUACCUGAACUCGAGCGCCAGCUCCCGAACGAACCGGACCACGCCGACGGCGAUGUAGAAGGCCCAAUGCCGAUGAUGCUGCAUGAUAGGGUGACGAGUGCGGACAUAUCGCGCGUCGUGGCGAAGAUGACGGGCAUCCCCGUCCAGAACUUGCUGAAAGGCGAGAGGGAGAAGUUGGUCCAUAUGGAGGACGUGCUCAGACAGCGCGUCGUUGGCCAGGACCAUGUCGUGCAGGCAGUCAGCGAUGCCGUGCGCAUUUCUCGUGCAGGUCUCCAGGCGCCCAACCGCCCCGUGGCGUCCUUCCUGUUCUUGGGCCCGACAGGCGUCGGAAAGACGGAGCUUUGCAAGGCACUUGCGGCGUUCCUGUUCAACGACGAGAAUCGAGGAUUGAUCAAUAUUAACAUGUCGGAAUAUCAUGACCGGCACACAAUGUCACGGCUCAUUGGCGCUGCGCCAGGGUACGUCGGAUUCGAGGAGGGCGGUCAAUUGACCGAAGCCGUCCGUCGCAAGCCUUACGCCGUUAUUCUGCUCGAUGAGUUGGAAAAGGCCCAUAAGGACGUGGCGAUGAUCCUCCUCCAAAUCCUGGACGAGGGUAGUAUUACCGACUCGCAAGGCCGUAAGGUUGACUUCAAGAACACAAUCAUUUGCUUGACCAGUAACCUGGGGAGCGACAUUCUUGCGCACAAGUCCGCGUCGGACGCUAACGGCGUGGUUACGCCCGAGGCGCGCGAACAGGUGCUCGAGCGCACGGCCGAGUAUUUCCCGCCCGAGCUGCUGAACCGGCUCGACUCGAUGCUCGUGUUUAACAAGCUCUCGCACGAGAGUAUCCUCCAAGUCGUCUCGCUCCGGCUGACUGAUGUCGCAGCGCGUCUGAAGCACCGGCGUAUCUCGCUUGACGUCGACCAGCGUGCGAGGGAGUGGCUUGCGGAGGAGGGAUAUUCGGAUAUCUAUGGUGCUCGUGCGAUCGCGCGGGUGGUCCGCACGAAAGUUCUGUUCCCUCUGGCACAGAAAUUGCUCAACGGUACGAUCAGAGAUGGCGACGUUGUCACAAUCCGUGCAAGCGAGCAUGGCAAAAUUCUCGAUAUCAAGGAUAACCAUCCAGCGGACGCAGCCAUCGGAUCGUCGAGCCCUGUCGACGGUAUUGCACCCGGCGAAGAGUCAAGCAACUGA